CUCCUCCUCCUCCUCCUCUUCGGAAACGGGAUGUGAUGUAAAUACACAGCAGUUUUUUUUGUUCCUCUGUCUUUGGAGUGAGCACAGCUCCUUCUCCCAGUUCACUGUUCGGGAAAAAGAGGAGGAAGCAAACAUAAAGGCCGUAAAACGAGGAGCAGGGUGAAGCAUCAGAGAGACAAAGGGACCGGGACUUUUGUCCACCAUGAUCCUGUGAGCUCCUCCGUCUGUCUCCGACAACAGUCUCACGACCUGCCGGACCGGACUCCGAGGAGAACGGAUCAAAGCGGAGAGAAGCUCGCUGCUGUUGUGGAUCCGGAGGGAAACUGCGGACAGAGAUGUAGCGUGUGUGUUGGUGUGAUCUGCGGACCAUCAUGCACCUCUUCCUGCUGCUGAUUCUUCAAGCCACAGCAGCCUUCGGACAGAUUGACCCUGCACACUGUCGCUAUGCCUUGGGCAUGGAGGAUGGCCGAAUCAAAGAUGAUGACAUCACAGCAUCCAGCCAAUGGUAUGAGACCACGGGACCAAAGUACGCCAGGCUGAAUCGUGAGGAGGGAGACGGCGCCUGGUGUCCUGAGGGACAGCUGGAGCCUUCAGACAGUCAGUACCUGCAGGUGGACCUGGGCAGGUUGACCUUCCUGACCGUGGUCGGGACUCAGGGACGAUACGCCAGAAACUCGGGGAACGAGUUCGCCCGAGCUUAUCGCCUGAACUACAGCAGGGACAGUUUACUGUGGAAGUCCUGGAGGAACCGGCUGGGAAACACGGUGAUGGAGGGAAACAAAAACGCCUACGCCUCUGUCAUCAACGACCUCCACCCGCCAAUCAUCGCCCGCUACAUCCGCCUGAUCCCGGUCACCAAGCUGUCCACCACUGUCUGUAUGAGAGUGGAGCUGUACGGCUGUCCCUGGGAUGACGGUCUGAUCUCCUACAGCGCUCCGGAGGGUCAGCUCAUGAUGCCGCCCGGUUAUUCCAUCGCCAGCCUCAACGACUCUACGUAUGACGGCGUGCACGAGAGGAGGAAGCUGUUUGGUGGGAUGGGUCAGCUGACAGAUGGCGUGAUCGGCCUGGACGACUUCCUGCUGACGCGUCAGUACCACGUGUGGCCGGGCUACGACUACCUGGGCUGGAGGAACGACUCGCUGGGAACUCAGGGAUACGUGGAGAUGGAGUUUGUGUUCGACAGGCAGAGGAACUUCACUUCCAUGAAGGUUCACAGCAACAACAUGUUCUCCCGCGGUGUGAAGAUCUUCUCCUCCGUCUCCUGUUGGUUUAAACCCCGCCUCAUCGCCGGCUGGGAGGCGGAGCCUGUGGAGUUCAAGACGGUGCUGGAUGACAGGAACCCGAGCGCCCGAUACGUCACCGUGCCGCUGAACCGCCGCGCCGCCAAAUCCCUCCGCUGCCGCUUUUACUUCGCUGACGUUUGGAUGAUGUUCAGCGAGAUCUCCUUUCAGUCGGAGGACACCGUACUGCCGACACUGGUGGUGACUUCCCCUCCAGCCAAUGAGGAGAGCGCCUUGACAACCACACCAAAGACAUCAGCUAGUCCAUCAGCCAGCGAUCCACCAGAUGACGGCAACACGCCCAUUCUGAUUGGCUGCCUGGUGACCAUCAUCCUGCUGUUAGUCAUCAUCAUCUUCCUCAUCCUCUGGUGUCAGUACGUCUGUAAGGUGCUGGAGAAGGCUCCACGUCGGAUCCUUGAAGAGGAGGUGACAGUUCGACUGUCGUCCUGCAGUGAUACCAUCAUCCUGCAGACCCCCCCUGUGCCCCCCCGCUCCGGACACGCCCUUACAGGCCCCGCCAACAUGGACCCUCACUAUGAGAGAGUUUUCCUGUUGGACCCACAGUACCAGAACCCGGCGCUGCUCAGAAACAAGCUGCCCGAGCUGUCGCAGAGCGCUGAGGCCUCAGCUCUCCUCCUUGGUAAUCCUCUCUAUGACCUCCUCCUGCUGACUUCCUGUCACAUGACGUCAGGCUGGCUGCGUGCGUGUGGGGGAGGGUACGCUGAGCCUGACGUCACCCAGUGCACACCGCACCAGUGUUUCCAUAGCAACGCACCGCACUACGCCGAGACGGACAUUGUACGGCUGCAGGGCGUCACCGGGAGCAACAUGUACGCCGUCCCCGCCCUCACCGUGGACUCUCUCACCAGGAAGGACAUCUCUGCUGCCGAAUUCCCACGGCAACAGCUGAUCUUCAGAGAGAAGCUGGGGGAGGGGCAGUUUGGAGAGGUCCACCUGUGUGAGGCUGAGGGACUCCCUGAAUUUCUUGGGGAGGGGUCGCCCCUCCCUGACAGAGACGGCCACUCUGUGCUGGUGGCUGUUAAACAGCUGAGGGCCGACGCCACCAGCCAAGCCAGGAACGACUUCCUGAAGGAAAUAAAGAUCAUGUCUCGCCUGAACGACCCCAACAUCAUCCGGCUGCUGUGUGUGUGUGUGUCGUCCGACCCGCUGUGCAUGGUGACCGAAUACAUGGAGAACGGAGACCUCAACAUGUUUCUGUCGCAGCGGGAGAUCGAGAGCACGCUGACACAUGCCAACAACAUCCCUUCAGUCAGUCUAUCCGACCUCCUCCACAUGUCGGUGCAGAUCUCGUCGGGGAUGAAGUACCUGGCAUCUCUGAACUUUGUGCACAGAGACCUGGCCACGAGGAACUGCCUGCUGGACCGUCGCCUCACCAUCAAGAUCGCCGACUUCGGGAUGAGCAGAAACCUGUACAGCAGCGACUACUACCGCAUCCAGGGCCGGGCUGUGCUGCCCAUACGAUGGAUGGCCUGGGAGAGCAUCCUGCUGGGUAAGUUCACCACAGCCAGUGACGUGUGGGCGUUUGGUGUCACCCUGUGGGAGAUCUUCACUCUGUGUAAGGAGCAGCCCUACAGCCUGCUGUCUGAUGAACAGGUCAUAGAGAACACUGGCGAGUUCUUCAGGAACCAGGGCAGACAGAUUUUCCUGUAUGCUCCUCCGCUCUGCCCACCUUCUCUCUUCGAGCUGAUGAUGCGUUGUUGGAGUCGAGAUAUCCCCAACCGACCCUCCUUCGAGGGACUUUACCAAGCCCUGAGGCCCCACGUCAACCAGUGAGCCAAAGUCGCUGGGAUGUACCACUCGGGCUGUCCUUGGCGGCGGGUUCGUCCCUCUCUGGACUCCUGGAAGACAAUAGAUUGACAUGAGAAGACAGAGGACUGGUAUUGAGUAACAAGAGCGAGCCGCUGUCAGAGGGAAUGAGGAAACCGGCAGAGCUGUGGUCAGAAGGUUGGUUUGCUUUGUGUGAACAGCAGCAGGAUGGAGACGGGAGAAGGCCGGUCAGCUCGGAGGAACGUUUCACAGGAUCAAAACCUUUCAGCCGUAGUGAACAAAGUUUUCUAAGCUUUCUGCAGAUUUCUGUCAGUGCCAGUUUCACAGUUUCAUCCAUCUCUUUAAAGCCUCUUUGACCAAAACGUCUUGUUGGACCUUUUGACAUUUCUUCUUUUCAUGGUGUUAUGGUGCCAAAGAUGCCGUAAACUUUAUUUUCUUCCUCUCUGGACGGACUCUUCAGUCUCUGUAGUUUCUCCUGUCCCUGUGUUUUUUUUAUUAUUAUUGUAAAGCACUGUGUCUGUGUCUCUCAGUUAUUCAUGUUCCUAUAUUAACCCACACUGGAGCUGGUUAGGGUCAGAUUGUAGCGUAGGAUUUGAUUUUUAGAUUUUUAUUGUAUUUUAUUUUUCUUGGUUUAUUGUAUUUCACUUGUUUCGGUCUUUUUUGUGGAUAUGAAUGUUGUUCAGCUGAGGUUCACAUCACGGUGCCAGAGGCUGGGGUGAAACCUGUGAGCUUCACAGACUGAGAAUCAGUCAGUAACUGUGGCUACUUUAGGAAAGAAUCACAAUCAGGAAAAAAAAGAGAAACAAAGACUGUUAGUGUUAAAAUUAUUAGAUUAUUAUCAUAAAACCGUAAAACUAAUCGUCAUCAAGUGACAUUGUACCAGUGACAUCUGUAAACUGGUGUGUUACGUUAGUAACCUGUGGGAACAGUGGGAAUCAAACCAGCAUUAACAGCACAGGUACUGCAUGUUGUGGGGGGGGGGGGGGUCAACCCUCAGAGUGUGUAAUGCAAAGAUCUAACAUCAAGGUAUCACUUUACCUUUGUCUGUUUUUACAGUGGGGCCUAAAAACUGUGUGUUAAGUGUGUAAAUGUGUAUGUUGGAGCCCACAGACCUGCAGGUGUACAUGCUUCGUCUCCACCCGCCCUGUUCUGCCUGGGUGGAGUUAGUGGUGGUGUAAAUUAGUUUGGUUUGGGUUAACAGCAUUAAGAUUUUAAAAUUCAAAGUCUGUAGUUUGAUCACAGUGAAACAAUUCACAAACCAGUCAAAUUCAGAAACCAGUCAAAUUCAAAUAUUUCCCAGUCAGAAACCUUUUCCCAGCAAAUCAAACCCAGACAGAAGGUUGGACUCAGUCUUAAAGACAACGGAGACACCAACAACCUCUGUGCAGAUUUUGGUUAGCUUUCUGUCUCUGCCCGGUUUGACAGUGUUAGCCUGGGUUUGGUGUGAUUUUGAAGACAUGCCACGAUCCGACCACAUCAAGGUGAAAUUUGGGGCGAGGGGAGAUGAAGCGUUACAUCUACACUUUGGGCCAUUUGCAGCAGAACUACUGUGUUAGAAGGGGACCCUCGGGGCCGGGGGCCAAUGAGCCACGAGGGGCUGAGGAGCAGGAGCUGAUACACAUCGGACAGGUGAAGCCAUCAGAAAAGCCCCACCUCUCGCAGCCUCUCACAGCCAAUCACUGCUGCACCUUUCCUAACAUCCUAAAGGAGAUUCGUGUGAGUAAAUACGUGUUCUUUUCCUUUGCUAACAGCAGGCACAAACAAUGACCUGUCAACAAGAUGUUUGAAAUCUACAAUGAUUUUUACCGCAUAGCAUUCAAAAGAGUCUUGUUUACAGAACUAAUGCAGGAUAGAUGCAGCACAGAACAACCAGAGUGCAGGGCUGUGGCCUCUGUAGUGUCCACAGCCCUGCACUCUGUGGAAGGAUGGAUACAGAGAAACAGGUGGUGAUGACGGGUCUUCCAUUUCUAACCAUGAUGUCAGGAUGAAAAGCAAGUAAAACUGAAGGUGGUUGACCGACAUUGUAACUGGAUGAGUGUGUGUUGUUCCAUUGGGUUUCUAAUGGGCCGGUCGCACCAGCAUUUUAAACAUCAGAAUCUCACCAUGGCCAGAUUUGUCUCAGUGGAACAAACUGGUGCAAACCAAAAUCACGUUCACAGGAAAGACGGAGGAAGACCAGAUACGUUGAGUCUGAGUGUAUCCCUCAGUGUUUUUGUUGUUACAGUAGUGUUUUGUUAUCUGUACUGUAUCUUAACACAACAUAUGUGUGUAUGAGUGUGUGUGUCUGAGAGAAAAUGAGUUUUGUGAACGAGUAUUCUCGACAUUCCUUUGAGCACUGGGAGCUAGUUGGGAUUAAAGUGGUUAACCAGAGUUGCUCUGUUGUGCCAAAUUAUGUGAUUAAAUGAGGGAGAGAGGAUUUUUUUCUAAACCAGAGGAAAAAGUGCAGUAAGUAAGGAAACCACUAAACUCAAUCUCCCAGAGUCCUUUGCUACAGUGAGCCUGUGUAUUUCGUUCUGGUUGCAUUAGAGAGAUAGACGAGUCUUUUAGUUUGAUAGUGUACAGUAUAAGAAAUCUAUAAUAUCUCAGUGUGUGAAUGCAGAUUAGGUGUGAUAAUUGAUUAUCUAUUGAAUUUAUAGAAGCUAUUUCUCUGAUUAUCUCUGUUGUGGGAAGGUGUUGGGUUUUUUCUUUUUUCUAACAGGAACUCAGCAGAGUUGAAUCUGAUUAACAGCUGUGUUCUCUCCAGUUUCUCAUCCACACUGUUUGAUCUUCAGUCUCAUCUUCAGUAUUGUUUCAGAUGUAUGUUGUACAUAGGCUAGUAGCUGUGUAUAUUAAUAUAUUGGGAGUUGGGAACUUCUUGGUUCUGUCGUCCCAAGUCAUUUUCACUCUGUAUCCUCUCAUGUCUCCGUUUGUUUUUCUUAUUAUAAACAGUAAAAUUUAUAAA